AUGAGCAAUUCGUACAAGACCCAAUGGGUGCAGUUUGUGUUGGAGAUCGAGCUUCGACAGGAUGGCGAUGUGCUGCGGAAGCUAUUCAACUCCCUGAUCAACUGUGCAGUUCUACACUUGAUCGGAGCCCGUCUCCGCCGGGACCGUCCGGUGACGUCCAACCUUGCGCAAGCCCUGCAGCACUAUCUGUGGGCUGACAUUGGACAGCUUCGACAGGUCUAUCUGACCAUGUGCGCCAGGUCUGAGCCGCUUGACAUUAGUCGACCCCUUGCGUGGAUCAUGUUUAUCAGUCCUUUGCAAUUGCCCUACUGCCAGCACGACGCCGCCGAGUUUGCUCAGCACAUUGCGCCCAGGAUCCACUCGUAUCGCUUUUCUGGAGUGUGGCAAGCUAGGCAGGUUGUUGGUGCAUUGAGUCAAACUGUUGACUCUGCACCUGCUCAUACACCUGUGCUCCUCCCCAUGACAGGGACUGCAAACUUGCAGAACUUCAUUGAUCAGUGGCAUGCUCAGGAUGACUCUGGAAUUGUGCAUGCAUUCAGUGCGAACACACAGAUUGUGCUCUUCCAGCUUAUGAGGUUCAAUGUAGUGGGGCGGGGGCGACGAAAACACGUCGUCAAGGACUCAAUGCGUGUGAAUGGGCUAAUGGCAGACCUCAAUAUCCCACUUUUUGUGGAUGAUGCUUCACAUGCAGUGCACUACAGUGUAUUUGAGGUUUCAGCGACGGUGGUGCACUAUGGCAUCCAAGCUGACUCGGGGCAUUAUCGCAGUAUCUGGAAUGGAAAAAGAUGCAAGUGGAUUACUGAAGACGGCAUUGCAGCGCAGGAGUGCACAGAUACCGAUCCCAUUGCCAUGGAAUGCAAUGCUUAUCUUAUCUGGGCCACUCGCUCUUCCACUGGUGACUCAGGUCCAGCUGCGAAUACAGCGAUACCAGACUGCUGA